ACGCUGUUGGGAAAGAGGGAAGGAGGGAGAGAGGGAGAGGGUGUAAUGGAGGGCUGUUAUGUUGAUGAAAAGCAGGCUCGCUUUCCUCACAAUCGGUGAUGCCUCCACUUGCUAUUCUCCUUUCAACCUCCCUUCCUUCUUCUCUCUCUUCCUUCAUCCACUGCACCGUCACCGACACCACCGCUGCCGCUACCACCACCACCCUGCUCUACGCCAAAACCCCGGAAAGAAUGAAAGCUUCAUUGCUCGUAUUUUUUCAUCACCCACAGGAGAUUCCGACCCCAUUUCACCUGCCCACAUGGUUCCCACCUGUAAUGUGGCACCUUCGACCCUUUCUUCCAACCGGGCGAUCGCAGGGCACGUGAGAAGCGGAAACGUGGACACGGCAAAGAAAGUGUUCGACGAAAUGCCUGAGAGGACCAUCGUGACUUGGAACUCGAUGCUUGCAGGUUAUGCUAAACCCGGAAGUUUGGCAGCUGCACGCGAGUUUUUUGAUCGAAUCCCCCAUCCGGAUGUCGUCUCCUGGAACACCAUGAUGUCUUGCUACAUUCAGAACGGCGAGUUGGAAGCAGCAUUUGAGGUCUUCAACCGCAUGGCCGUCAAAGACACGACUUCUUGGAACACCAUGAUCUCAGGUUUGUCCCGAAGCCGUAGGAUGGAGGACGCAGUCCGUUUAUUUCAAGUGAUGCCGACAAAAAACGUAGUUUCAUGGAAUGCCAUGCUCACUGGUUACGUCCAGUGUGGUGACAUGGAGAAGGCAUCGAGUUUAUUCAAUCAGAUUCCCGCAAAAAACGUGGUUUCUUGGACUGCCAUGAUCAGCGGGUACAUGCAGCAGGGGAAAGUUGAAGACGCAAUCCAAUUGUUUGCUAAAAUGCGUGCCCCAAAUUUGGUUACCUGGAACGCCAUGAUGGCUGGAUACGUGCAGAAUGCUCGGGCUGAGGAUGCGCUGAGGCUGUUCCGCUCGAUGCUUGAGCGAAGAAUCUGGCCAAACCAAUCAAGUUUCAGUAGUGUUCUGGCUGGUUGUGGCAUUCUAGCUGCACUGGGGACGGGCAGGCAGGUUCAUCAAUAUGUUUGCAAGACUAAAUUUUGCUCUGAUACCACCACCGGUACAUCCUUGUUGAGCAUGUACUGCAAAUGUGGUGAGUUGGAGGAAGCACGCAAAAUGUUCGAGGAAAUGCCUACGAGGGAUAUGGUCACAUGGAACGCCAUUGUUGCAGGGUAUGCUCAGCAUGGAUUUGGUAGGGCCGCACUUUGUCUCUAUGAGGAGAUGAAAAGGAAUGGGGUCCAAGCAGAUGGUAUCACUUUCAUUGCGCUGUUGUCCGCCUGCAAUCACGCAGGGCUUGUGGACCUUGGCCGUUCAUAUUUCAAGGCCAUGUUACAUGAUCAUGCCAUUGAACCAAAGCCUGACCAUUAUACUGUCAUGGUGGAUCUGCUCGGCCGUGCAGGCCUUUUAAAGGAGGCCGUGGAUUUGAUUGAUACAAUACCUUUCCAACCACAUUCUGCUAUUUUUGCAACUUUGCUCGGCGCUUGCAGGACACACAGGAACAUGGAAUUCGCCAAGUAUGCGGCAGAAAAGUUGCUUGAGUUAGACCCUGAAAAUGCUGCGGCGUAUGUGCAGCUCGCCAAUGUGUACGCAACAAUGGGUUUGUGGGAUGAUGUCUCCCGAAUUCGACGGUUGAUGAGAUCAAAUGCAGUAGUAAAGAACCCAGGAUGCAGCUGGAUUGAAGUAAAAAAUCAGGUCCACGAGUUCAGAUCGAGUGACAGGUUGCACCUGGAGUUGACAUUGAUUCACAAGAAGCUAGACGAAUUGCAGAGGGCAAUGAAGUUGGCUGGUUAUGUACCUGAUCUCAGCUGGGCAUUGCACGACGUGAAAGACGAGCAGAAGGAGGUCAUUCUCUCCUACCACAGUGAGAAGCUGGCAAUUGCCUUUGGACUCCUCAAGACACCUGCUAGCACAAAGAUUAAGGUGUUUAAGAACCUUAGAGUCUGUGGGGAUUGCCAUACCGCAACCAAGUUCAUCUCUGCCAUUGAGGGCAGAGAAAUAAUUGUAAGAGAUGCGGUUCGGUUUCAUCAUUUCAAGAAUGGUAGUUGCUCAUGUGGAGAUUACUGGUGAACUGUGCACGUAUGCGUCUCAAGAGUGCCACAAGGACACAAAUCCAUGAAACUGUUAUAUCAGCUCAUUUCUCCUUUCGGAAUUAAUUAUCAGCCACUGAAGUCCUACGCGAGUUGCUUUGAUUGAGCAAUCCUUCUAAAGGCAAAGUAUUCGGGGAGUCAAACAGCUUGAGUGAGAGCAAGAUCUUUUCUGAAAAGAUCUUUUACGUUUCAAUGUCAUGAGAAAACUGCACUUGGGUCAAGAGACUUUGUCGCUCUCCUGGCAGCAUAAACCGCAAGGAAUUGGACUAGCGACCGACCUUAUACAAGCUGCUGCCAACCCCUCGGACUCCUCCUGUUGAAAAUGUUUUGCUGCUUGAUUUAGUGCAAACUUGUUUCUGGGUGUCAAUCUGUGUCCUUCAAACAUGUUGAAGUAUUUGGAUGGCUUCAGCUGUAUCGAGAUAGAUCUCCUUUUGAGGGCGAGGGGGCUCCCAGAAAGUGAUUCACUCCAUUCAUUCAUCUCUGUCGGGUGAGUAGUAAGAACCCACAGUUCAGAAAAGAAGUUUGAAGGCCCCCCAUUCUUCUGCCCCAGGGUCAUGGGCUGCCCAUUGAAACUUAAGUAGGGUACGGUACAUCUGUCAGCUGGCGAUCUCAUUGUUUACAGUCAAGGAAGUAGCACUCAUGGAAAUCACAGUGAUGAUGUAUUUUCUACCAACCGUUUGCCCGACCAGCUUUGCUAUGUCUCUUGGAGCCCCAUUCAUGCAACUCUUAAUGCAGCUUUUCCAUUUUCAA